AUGAUUAUCGUUCGUUGCUGGUUAGAACACCUAUUUAAGUGCGCUUUUGAGUAUUGUGAUUUUGGAGAUAUUGUAUUUAAUCCAGAAAUGAUUAAUAUAUUAUUCGAUAAUCACAACACAAUUCCAACUCAAUUUAAUAUUCAACUCGCAUGUUUUGUUCCUAGCAAUAAUUUCUGUAAAAAUUUGCUGGAUUUCGUUUUAAAUCAUUUAUCAAUUUGUGAACUCAACAUUUAUCUUUCACGAAUUAACAUAGAGCAAUAUACAGAUAUUUUAUUCAAUAUUUUAAUAAAUGAAGGCAAUAAAUUCCCAAAAGUUCUCUUUGACUUUUCAUCUGGAUUUCCAGCACUUUAUGAUCUUAUUGUUGAACAUAUAACAACAAGAGACUGUUCAAAAAUGGUGCCUGAUAUUUGUUUAACAUUUACUGAUAAGACAAAUUUUAAAUUAAGUGAAAGAGCAGAAAAGGUUGAAAUUGAGCUAUUAGAUGGUGUCAAAUAUACAGAUUAUCAAAUUUCCAAUAUUAAUUAUCCAAACUCGAGAUUUUAUUUUUAUUCUACAGAACCUGAAAAAGAAUUUGCUUCCAAUACUUUAAGAAUAAUAAAAGAGUAA